GCAAGUGGUCUUGGCAAAGGUGUUGCUCAACGACUUGCCAAUCUGGGAUGUACAUUAGUUCUUUGGGAUGUUGAUGAAGCUGGUAAUGCUCGUGUGGCUCAAGAACUCAAUCAAGAGACAAAAUCAAAACGUAUUCAUGCGAUGAAAUGUGAUCUCACAAGCAGAGAAAGUAUUUAUGAAUGUGCUAAAAAGGUUCAAGAUACAAUAGGAAAUGUAACAAUGGUCAUUAAUAAUGCUGGUGUUGUUUCUGGUAAACCAUUGGUGGAGUGUAGUGACGCAUCGAUUCAACGUACAUUUGAUGUUAACGUUCUUGCACAUUUUUGGAUUCUGAAAGCAUUUUUACCAUCAAUGUUAGAUAAUAAUCAUGGUCAUGUUGUAACAAUCGCAAGUGCUGCUGGUCUAACUGGUACAGCACGUCUUGUUGAUUAUUGUUCAUCAAAGUUUGCCGCAGUUGGUUUACAUGAAGCUUUAACUCAUGAAUUGUAUGCUUUAAAAAAGACUGGUGUAAAAACAACUGUUGUUUGUCCAAGUUUUAUCAAUACAGGCAUGUUUGAAGGUGUUAAAACUGAUGUAUUAUUCCCAUUAAUAAAAUCUGAUGAUAUAUGUGAUAAAAUUGUUGAAGCUGUUCGAAAAGAUCGACAUAUGUUAUUAGUACCAAAAAUUUUAAGAGCAGUUUUGUUUUUGAGAAGUAUUACAUCAACAACAGCUCAAGUAGAAAUGCAAAGUUUAAGUGGUGUUGAUGAUUCUAUGAGUACAUUUGUUGGACGGGCACAGAAAUUAACUUAA